CUUGCCGCCUCCUCUAUAUAAACACACAUUGAAGGCUCGCUCAGCGACUCGAACUCACAUGAAACUGUAGGCUAUGUGAAAGAGAGAGGGAGAGUGAGAGAGAGCACGGACUAGAAAAGAGGUAGAGAGACGAAUUACAGCCAUCUGAAGAUUUUUGCGCCCUAGUCUGCAGCAUCCGAGCUGCACAGGAGUUUUAUUUCAAAUACCCACCAUUCGCCUGCCUUGUGACCAGAAAUUGAUUUUACUGAAUUAAGGUUGUUAGAGUUUAAGAAGGUUUUCUUUUGGGUGAGAGGUAUUUGGACUUUUUCCCUUUUUGAGACUAAACUAUUUUCCCUCUAAGAAUGCUGCUACAACUCUGAGCAGAUUUCCCACGUGGUUGCUUUGGUUUGACAUUAAUGUGUCAGACUUUUUCAAAAUUACGAACGGAUUAUUGAAAUUGACAAACAUGGUAUUUGAAAUGCUUUAUCAAUAUUCACCCCAGACGAUUUUUUCCCUGCACUCAAUUCACUAAACAUUUCAGUUACCUUUAUUAGUGGAUUCUGCGCUAAACUUGCUUAGGAUCACUGGCAGCGCAAAAAAAGUUUAUUGUAGACUACCUUUAAGUACAUCAAACCUUUCUUGUGGUUGCAUCCGCGUUCAAAUUCAAAACUGAGCCCAAUAUUGCUGAAUUCAUACAACUUACCAGACAGUCACUGAGGUUAGUCCGUUCCCUAAGAAGAUAACUUUGAUCAGUAUCCCUCCGUGUUUCGGCAUCAUGCUCUUCGAAAGUUUUGACCUACUCUCGGCGCUGGCGACCCUGGCUGCGUGUUUGGUGUCCAUGGCGCUUCUACUGGCGGUGUCCCAGCAGCUGUGGCAGCUACGAUGGACCGCCACCCGAGACAAGAACUGCAAGCUGCCCAUGCCCAAGGGUUCCAUGGGAUUUCCCAUCAUCGGAGAGACCUGCCACUGGCUUUUCCAGGGUGCUGGGUUCCAUGCCUCCAGGCGGCAGAAGUACGGUAACGUGUUCAAGACCCAUCUGCUGGGCCGGCCGCUGAUCCGUGUGACGGGGGCGGACAACGUGCGCAAGGUGCUGAUGGGGGAGCACAGUCUGGUCAGUGUGGACUGGCCCCAGAGCACCAGUACCCUGCUGGGGCCCAACAGCCUGGCCAACUCCAUCGGGGACAUCCACCGCAAGAGAAGAAAGGUGUUUGCCAAGGUAUUCAGCCACGAAGCCCUGGAAAGUUACCUGCCCAAGAUCCAGCAGGUCAUCCAAGAGACCUUGCGGGUGUGGAGCUCCAACCCCGAACCCAUCAACGUGUACCGCGAGUCCCAGCGGCUCUCCUUCCACAUGGCCGUGCGGGUGCUUCUGGGCUUCCGCAUCUCAGACGAGGAGAUGUGCCACUUCUUCAACACGUUCCAGGAGUUUGUGGACAACCUGUUCAGCCUGCCCAUUGACCUGCCUUUCAGCGGAUACCGGAAGGGUAUCCGUGCCCGCGACAAGCUGCAGAAGAUGAUCGAGAAGGCCAUCCGGGAGAAACCUCUGUGCACGCAAGGGAAAGACUACGCCGACGCUCUGGACGUCCUGAUGGAGAGCGCCAAGGAGAAUGGAGCUGAGCUCACCAUGCAGGAGCUAAAGGAGUCCACGGUGGAGCUGAUCUUCGCCUCGUUCGCCACCACGGCCAGCGCCAGCACGUCGCUCAUCAUGCAGCUGCUGCGGCACCCGGCCGUGCUGGAGAAGCUGCGGGAGGAGCUGCGCGUCCGCGGCAUCCUGCACAACGGCUGCCUGUGCGAGGGCGAGCUGCGACUGGACACCAUCUGCAGCCUCAAGUACCUCGACUGCGUCAUCAAGGAGGUGCUGCGCCUCUUCACGCCAGUCUCCGGCGGCUACCGCGUGGCCAUGCAGACCUUCGAGCUGGACGGUGUCCAGAUCCCUAAAGGCUGGAGCGUGAUGUACAGCAUCCGUGACACCCACGACACCUCGGCCGUCUUCAAGGAGGUCAACGCCUUCGACCCUGACCGCUUCAGCGAGGAACGCGGCGAGGACAAGGAGGGCCGCUUCCACUACCUGCCCUUCGGUGGUGGCGUACGCUCCUGCCUGGGCAAGCAGCUGGCCACCCUCUUCCUGCGCAUCCUGGCCAUCGAGCUGGCCAGCACCAGCCGCUUCGAGCUGGCCACGCGGACGUUCCCCCGCAUGGUCUCCGUGCCCGUCGUGCACCCCACCGACGGACUCAAGGUCAAGUUCUUCGGCCUGGACUCCAACCAGAACGAGAUCAUGGCCAAGUCGGACGAGCUUCUGGGCGCCACUGUCUGAGGGGAGGAAGAGACAGGAAGUCAAGUGGGUGGGGAUUAAAAAGGUGGAGGCGCUAUAAAAUACACGUACUGAAGAGGAUGUGGGGGCAGAGCAAAAGAUUUCCACUCUUGCCGUGGAGCUUGUUAUUUUGCAGUUUUCUUACUCCUCCGAACUGACAGACCUUGUGAAAAGAGUGAAACAUUCUCUUUUAGCUUUGUCAGUGUCCUUUUCAGACUUCAGCCUGCCAAAAAUGUAUAGUCCUUGUUGUUUUUCAUACAAACACUUAACGACUUAAAAUCUCAAAAAGGACAAAUAUGUUUAACAGAGGAAAAGAAAUGUAACGUUAACUUUGGAGAGAAACUCAUGUUCAAAUAAGUUAUGCACAAAUAAGUGUCUGUCUGUGUGAUGAGGGAUUUGGAGAUGAAAUGACAGUGAAUGGAAGAAUUGGAUGAGCUUAAUCCAGGAAAGUUGAUAAAACAGGGUAAAGAGUGGCUCACUUUUAAUGGUAGGACAUGAUUAGCCAAUGUUAAAGCUAUAGCUAUGCUGCGGGAAAGUGCCAGGUUUUUGAUGUCUCUGGAGGUGAAGGUGCGGCCUCACAUGUAAGACUGUGGAGAGCUUGCCUCAGCAGUAAAAGAGGGGAGACUCAAAUUCACUUACUAAAAUGUAGACGUAGUUUAGAGGGUUAUGAAUCAGAGAGAGGGCUAGACGUGCAUGCUCGGGAUUUUACUUUUCAGGGUUUGUCUUUAGUUGCAUAUUGGAUGUGUCAAACUCUAUGUGUGUGUGUGUGUGUGUGAUCUCAUAUGUCUAUGUGUGCGUGUGUGUGUGCGUGUGUGUGUGUGUGUGAUCUCAUAUGUCUAUGUGUGUGUGAGAGAGAGUGUGUGUAUACAGUAUGUGGUACCCUUUUUAUCGGGGGAGGGGAUGCUGUUCUAGCAGAGGCGUUAGGGAAUGUAAGGGCUGCAUUGUAAGCUAGUAGUAUGAAUGAAUGAAGUGUAUGCAAACUCAGGUGUGUUUGGAGUCCAGAAUGCCUUUUAGACUAUUACUUGUCUCACUUUGUAUCUGUCCUGCACAUAAGACUAGUUAUAUUCUUUAGCUUCUACUUUGGGAGAAAACCCCUCAACCUGUGCUUUAUUGCAGUGACGUGAUUGAGGGUGUCUCUGUAAGACAAAACAAUUCUUUAUGAGCAAACCCCUCAACCUGUGCUUUAUUGCAGUGACGUGAU